AUGGAACAACAACCAUCUCACCCACUCGCGGCCGCUGCUGCAGAAGGCAAAAUCGCUAAAGUAACGGAGCUUCUCAAGGCUAAUCAGCAACAUCGAAAGUGCCUACAAGAUCUUGCUCUACAAUAUGCCGCAGAAGGCGGGCACGAAAAACUAGUGAAAAUACUUCUCAAAGGAGGCGCAACCAUUGAUAUUGAGAUAGAUACACUCCGAGCUUCACUACACGUGGGACACACCAUUCCAGCCUGGUGUCCACCGACGGCUGUGCAUCUUGCAGCAAAAAAAGGACAUCAUGGAAUAGUAAAGAUACUUCUCGAACAUCAACGACGAAUUCCACUCUUCCCGUUACUUCUAAGAGAGGGGCGUUGGAUGUCCGCGCUUCAUGAAUCGGUUGCCGAAAACGACAUCGCAAUGACCAAACUGAUGCUUAAGAAUGGGGUCACAGUUCACUAUCCCGACAAGUGUGCUGACUGUCUAUCCAAAGACUAUGGGAGACUUUCAGGGUCGUGCGGAAAUUGUGGGCGUUGCCAAGGUCGGACGGCACUUCAUGUUGCCGCUGAGCACGGUUAUGAAGAGAUGGUGAGGCUGCUGAUCCGUCACGGGGCAACAUACAAGUCGCAAGCCAUAUUUGGAACUACCCCGUUACACCUCGCGGCACAAGGAGGGCACGAUGGUGUCGUGCUCGCUUUGUUGCAACAUGGAUGGAAACCUGGCAAGAUCAGCUAUGGCACCAGCCCAGGCCUACUUGCGGCGCAGAACGGGCACAAGACGACUGUUGACAUUUUAGGCAGACAUGGAGGAAUAGCUGCUAUUAGAAGUGUAGAGUGGGAAAUUUACCCACUCAUAAAGACUGGAGAUGCACAGGCACUUGAAAUAUUGCUGCCACAUGCCAAUAACAUCAUUGAUAGGCAUACUUUGCAGCAUAUGUUUGAGAAUGCGGCAACCAGUGGCGAGUCGAGCACACUUCUCGUCUUGCUAAAGUACGCAGUUACUCAGAACCGCUUGAGUUGGGUUGACUACUUUCGCGUCUUUUACUUUGCCGUUGAAUGGUGCGAGUUGAACAUAGUCGAGGAGCUUGUCGAUAAUUGUCCGUGGACGCAGCAAGAGCGAGACAAGCAUAUUCCAGUUCUGCUUUUUCAAGCUGGAUGUAGUGGGCACUUUGAUUCAGCCCUGAUAUUACUCUCAUGGAGCGGUGGAUCACAGCUACGCUCUGACUACCUUAGGAAUGUCCUCUUCGGUGCCAUAAAAUGCGGACAUCUCUCGCUCAUUGAUAAAUUAUUAAUGGAAGGGGUCGAUUUGCACGAAGGGCUACCAAGAAUGACGAAUCUCAACAUUGACGGUUGUGCUCACCUCACCCUCCAUACAGCUGCUAUGAACAUCCAGAAGAAGACCGCCCUCCACUAUGCCGUGCAGCGGGCCACGCUUGAGACCAUUAAUCUCCUUCUUGACCGUGGAGCAAAAAUUGAUGGCCUGGACGAGCUAGGCCAAACACCAUUACAUUCUGCAGCACGUAUGGCAUACCGUGGUAGUGGGAUCAAGCUCCUCCUCAGCCACGGAGUCAAUGUUGAUAUGAAGGAUUCGCAAGGUCGGACUCCGCUACAUUUGGCAGGGAUAGAGGGAAAUGAUGACAUUUACAAGCUGCUGUUAGAUAAUGGGGCCAAUCCAGAAGCAAAAGAUUGUACUGGAUGGACUGCGAGUCAACGUCUUGCCAAGGCCCAGGCACGUCGAUUGGAAUCGAACUAG